UUUAUUGUCUUUCGUUUUCACUUUGUUUUUCUAAAUAAACAACCGGCUUUUAGUCCACCAAUCACAUCAUAGAAGUUUGACAUCUAAACAGCUGAUUGCUAACGUCAAAAUAAAAAUUCUACCGUACGUAAUUUAUUAGCAAUUUGCUCGAAAUUCGUAACUGUCGUGCAAUUUAUGGGUGUGUGCACAAUAAAAAUGCAUAUUUAUAUGCAAUAAAAAAUUAAUAGUUUUUAAAAGGCCAAAAUAAGGCAAGAGUUUUAAUAAGUAAUACAGUGCUGCAGUAACUGACAUAGGUCAAAAUGUUUCGCAUUGAAUCCUACGUAACGCCCGUGAUAAUGGAAUACGUGGCAAAGUAUGUGAAGAACAUACGUUCUGAGGAUAUGCAACUCUCUCUCUGGGAGGGUGAAGCAACGUUACAGAAUCUGGAUUUGCGUUUGGACGUUCUAGAAGAGGAACUGCAAUUGCCAUGUGAAUUUUUAUCAGGGCACGUACAUGAAUUAACCAUACGUGUACCCUGGACAAAGAUCACUUCUGAACCAAUUCGUAUUAUAAUCAAUACAAUAGAGUUUGUGCUCAAAUUAAGGCGUGACAAACCAGAGGAUGUAUCAUCAGCAAGUUCUUCACCACAACGCAAAACUGGUGACAACGCCAAGAAACGCAGGCGCUCAGAAGAACAACAACCAACUCAACAAACCCCUGGCUCUGGUAUAGUUAAUAAAAUAAUUAACAACAUUAGUUUGGAGUGCCAAAAUAUAAUUUUAAAGUACGUGGAGGAUGAUAUUGUCGUAUCCAUGAAUGUGCAGCUUUUGCAAUUCGGUGCAGCUGACGAACGUUGGAAAAUGACCAUGACCGAUGUGCAUCCUGUCAAAGUGCUAAUGCGCAAAUUAGUUAAGGUAUCCGAUCUCACUAUAUGUAUAGAUAAACGUAAUUCUGCUGGACACAUUGAGGUGUGUCAGGAGCCCAUCCUAUACAGAUGUUCGUUUGAGGUGCGUAUUUUACGUAAAUAUAAUACCAACACAAUGACAACGACAAGUCUCACGCGAAUCGGAAUUUUCACCAAAUCAAUGGAUGUCAAUAUAACGUCUAUGCAAUUCCCAAUGGUUAUGCGUCUUAUAGAUAUAACGAGAGAUUUCGGGCGAAAUAACACAAAAAACUUAACCACGGAACAAGAAGAUGUAAUAGUAGAUCAGGAGAGUGAAGCUGCUAGUCGGGAUUCAUUUUUGUUGUGGGCUUGGAAUAAGCUGCCAACGUUAUCCUUUGAGCCUCCGGUAUUCGAAGAACCCAAUGUUGAUGAGGUAGCUGGCCAUUUACGAGACAUCGGUUUAUACCUAGAAGAGUUAAAUGUUACACUGAAAAACUCCGAACUCAUAGUGGACACUUUUGUUAGCAAUACAAAACGCAUUAAAUACACACCUAUCGUGCGUUUAACCCUAGGAGGAUUAUAUUUUGAAAAAGUUUCGUGUGAAGACCAAAAUUGGCGAAGCAUGAAAUCAGGCAUCUCCUAUUUAAUAGUCGAUCCGUUGGGCUCCUACAAAGUUGAUGACAUUUCGGAAGCAGCAUUGAUUACAAGUUCUUCGCUAGAAAAGUUAACCGGUUUCAUGGAAAACAGUCUAUUCGAUGAGAAGAUUACAACUUUGGACAACAAAGUGUGCACUAGUUACAACGAGUAUAUGUCGACCUAUACCGACGAGUAUUUACUUAAUCGGACACCUAUUAUUGCUUUUGAUUCCGUCGAAUAUAAAACAACAAAAAUGCGUGAUAACAGACAGACGGAGCACGAAGCAACAGCACAAACUGUCAAGGACACACAUCUUGCGUACCGUGUGCUAUCUUCUGGUCUCACAUUUCGUUGGAAUCAGUCAUUUCGACAGGUUAAACAAACAAUACAAGAUUUAAUUGAUUCUUACGAUUAUUCAGGCUAUCAUGUAGACCAAUUAGAUACAGUUACUCAUAGCAGCACGUGCAAAUUGCCACCACCGCUAAUGGAGGACUACGAUGAACUUAUGGAGCACAUACCACUUUGUAUCUAUAAAUUCGAUUUGAAAAAUAUCAACUUCGAGAUUUACACAGCCACGGAACCAACAUCAGCCACACAAAAGCACACACAUAAUCGCUUGCCCAGCGCAAUGAAGCUAGCAAUGCCCUAUUUCUUGUUACACAUCAAACAUUUGGAUGGCACCUUCUGCAGGCCGCUACAUGUCGAUAAACUUGUGCACACCACAUGCCAACUGCCCGAAAAACCGCAUAAUCUACUUGACGCCUGCAAUGAUAAUUAUGCUGUGCACAUGUCACAAUUGUCACUAUCGAUGAUGAAUAGAAUGCGUAAGACUACAGUUAGACUGAUGCAUAUACCGCAUAUACAUUUGACCUAUUCGGACCUGUUGCAAAAGCAGCACUGGAAGGAAGACAUACUGAUACCGCUAAGAAAAGUAGAUUUGAAUUUUGAACUCAUUUUUAUUGAUUUCAAUAAGCGCAAUUUAAUAAUUGCUGAGCGUCUUUUGAAUUGUGUACUUAGCUAUCGGCCGUAUUUGUUGUGGAAAAUAGCAAACCAAACGAUGCAAAUAAUAAAAAAUGAAUCCGAACCAACACUUCACACCGAAAUCAGAGAGCUUCACAUCGAAUUCCAAUGCUUUCAGAGCUAUAAUGCGGGCUAUAUUGAACUUCAAAGGUUGCUCUCGCAUGUGGUCACCUACACCGAAUACUGUCGCACCAAACAUUUAUUAAUGGACUCGGAAAGGGGUAAUAAUAUAAAAAAGUGGUUAAGUGCUAGCAUACAAUUGAAUCCCGAGGGUUUACAAACAGCGGCAAAUAAAAGAGAAGCGCUCAUCGCGUUGGCAGUGUGGAUGGAACCAAUCUCGGUAUUUAUUGAUGCAACACUGCUCGAAUUUCUCAAGUACCAAGAGGAAUACGAUCACACAGUCGAAAAAGAGCCGUCAAGCGAAGUGGAGCUGCACUCACAACAAUAUCAAACACAAACGCCGUCACAGACGCAUGUCAGCAGUAGCCAACCGGCACGUGUGCAUACAAAUAUUACUACCAACAGUGGCACAGGCGCUGGGCCCCCACUCAUGCGUCGCUCCUCUCGCAACUCACUGCCCUCGCGUAAAAUCUCACAUCCCGAAGAAACGAUACACUUCAGUUCCGAACGCGAUGAAAAAGUUGACUUGGAAACUGUGAGCGUUUCACCAUCGACUGAGGCAACAACUACUUCGUUAUGGCAACAAAUCCGAGCACUUGUCAUCUGCUUCGAAUUAGGUCACAUUACACUGAAUAUAUCUGAGAAAAUGAAAUGGCAUACAAAUGGUGAAGAUGUAUUGAAUGAAUAUACGCAAAUUCAAUUGCCCAAAAUUUCUAUGCGGUCUACGAACGCCGAAAACUUAUCACGCACUAAUCUCCAAGAGAAGUUCAUCAUAUACACGACACCAAAAGACACUAUCAAUUGGGUAAUUGCGUUGUAUGGCUUUAAUUUGAAAAGGUGCAACUCUGUAGAAGUGGAUAUUCUGCUGCCAGAUGUUUAUACCACCGCUACAAUUGUUGUUACACACAAGAAACAAAUGGAAGCCAAUGUAGCGCCUGCGCCGGUGACGGCACUGAGCGCUACAAAAGAAAAGCCAAAUGAACUUAUAGCCGAAACUGUUGCACAUAUAGACGGAUGCUCCUCACCACUGCCGCCACCAACGGAAAUUGUAAAUACAGAAAUUAAUACACCAACAACGCAAGCACAAAAUAACGACGUCGAAGUAGACGCUAUAACGGUGCAUAUAGAUACCAUGCCUAUACAUUUUCAUGUGUCAGAGGCUAAGUGCAAGGCGUUGCAUACUCAUGUCGGUAUUUUGGGUAGAGUCAUCACGCUUAUAGGACCCAUGGCGCAAUUAAGUGCCAGUGCACAAAUGCAAAAACCGCCACCGCCUAUGCGAAUCGUAACAGCAUCUGAGGAAAAUGCAGCAAUAAAACAUUUUCUGGAAUUGGAAACUAGUUCAUCAGUGUCCUCGGUAUUCUUGGAAAAAAAAAAUACAACUGUGUACACCACAUCACUUUUCUGCCAAUGGUCCAUCGCUAAAAUAAUCUGUGAAUUGACCGCCAAAGAACGCAAGAGCAAAAUGGUGCUUGAACUUGAAGAUUUGCUUUCAACCGUUGACAAACGUGAAGACUUUACUAAAUUUACGGGCAAAGUUGGACAAUGUAAUCUACUGUACUAUACACCAGAUGCCGAUGAUGGUUGGAUAGCGCAACCCGGUUUGCGUUUGAAAAUGCUCGGCGAUGUAACCAAUAUGCCAUUUCUGAACUUUGUCUACACGUCUGUGGGGCUUAAGAGCUUUUAUACUCGCAUUGGUGUCAAACCGAAGUAUGAUGCCAAUCGCUCUAUAGCCGAAAUUAUAGUUACAAUCCAAGCCAUGGAAAUAAUCAUCGAUGUAGAUGUCUUAAAAGAGUUUGUAGGCUCUUUGGGUAUGCUAUUCGUGACGAAUGGCUGCAACACAAGCGCCAAAGAAACGAGCGCAACGGCAAUACAAGCAAAUCCACCAACAGCUGCCGAUCUGCCACUCAUUCAUUUGGAUAGCAAGGGAUUUACGAUGUAUACACCUUUGUCAACAAACCGCGAAUGUUGCACAGUGCUCAUAUGGAAGAUUGAGUCAUUGAAGGUAACACCAACUUUGGAGAAUCCACUACAACGCACACCAAUACGACCAGACGUGUACAGCAAGGCUGCUCAACUGGGUUUCCUGAACACACCCGGAUCGUUGGUUGAAGAUCGGCAAUAUGAAUUGGUGUUGCAAAAUCUCUCCGUGUCCAGCGGUGAAUGGGCGGAGAUUUUGGGUCACAUGGCGCAACAAGCGAAAACUUUCCAGCACACAAACCCAGCGGUUGAGUGGAACUCCCAGCAUCGCGAGGCGUCGCCACAUAUAACAGACAUUUUCAGUCGUUUCACUUUCACCGGCAUCUUCGCGCCAUGCAUUUCCUAUAAUAAUGUAUUAAUUUGUGGGCAAGCGCUCGAAUUCAAUUGUGCGUCUGAUUUCGUGGCUAAGCUCAAUACGGAUCAAUUAUAUGCAUUAGGAUUUAUGGCAUAUUGCUUAACUAAACUGCUGGACACUGCCGAAAAAAGUGUUUCUCUACGAAAGUCGAGCAACUCAUGCAUACUAUUACGAAAACAAAGCAGAACUAGUUCCCAACAGGUGAGUACAAACUCAACCAGCACACUACAAUGCGGCGAACUACUCAUAGCACCUGGCCAUAAAAAUAAAAGUGUACGCAACUCUACGCCCGCAUUUGAGCCCAUUGAUGAGAAUACGGAACAUGUAAAAACCGAUUCUGGCAUACAGUCGCAGUUAUCGCGCGUUGAACAACAAUCAACACGCAAUACGUUACCCGAUACAAGCGCGCGUAAAUUCCCACAAACGGUGUCCUUCAUAGCCGGUACAUUUACAAUCGAUUUAUACGGCUUAGAGACGACAAAGACCGACGAGUCGCUAGAUAAAUGCAAAAGCAAAGCGUCGCGUUUAGUGCCACUAUUAACAUUGACCGUAUCUCAACCCAGCUUUAUGUUCACGCAAAAUAUAUACGAUAAUAUAACACAGAUGUCAGUAUUCAAUUUGAAUAUACAUUCUAUGCCUACCGCCUCACUGGAUGCUGAAUCGGCCAGCAUGUUUCCAAUUGAAUUUAUCGACACCAGGCCGGGUGAGUUGGGGCCAACGGGCAUACCGCCGCCUCUUGUCACUAUACGCAAGCACAUAACCAAACAAAGGCUCGUAGAAACAGAUGUAGAAAUAGCGAGGCCAAUAAUCAUAACACUGCAGGAGCAACAAACGGUUGUGCUACUGCAAAACUCACUAAUCCUGUAUCAAACGAUAUUGCGCAGCGGCUAUUUUAAUCCGCGCUCGUUAAGAACUGUGCAAAGUGCUUCUAAGCUUAUGCUCAUGCGCAACCAUUUUUACGAUUGUGAUAGACUGCAUGUGAAGUUGGAUAAGGUAAUGAUACUGAUGAAGCACGCCAGUGAUUACGAGGGCAAGUUGGUGUGUGCUGAUAUGCACUUUAGUGCCACAUUCCUGCAGCGGCCCGAAAAGGCGGUGCUCAAAGCUUCGGUGGGCUCACUACAUCUGCAAGUGGGAGACAGGAUCUUCCUGCAUCCGGUUGCUAUACGUUCGUCUGUUGCUUUUGUCAGCGAACCUUGGUUUUAUUUGCCUCUAGUGAGUGGCACAAUUAAAUUCGACGUAAUACAUCUAGAUGUAGAUGUGAGCGUUUUGAAGGAACUGCAACGUAUGCAGCAAGGUUUGGCAAGAUUAUCUGUACGCCUCAAUGAAGAGUGGAAGACUUUCUUACGUAAUCGUCCACCGAUGGGUGAACCGUCUGAGGUGUCAACUGACAACUUGGUACCGUUAAAAACGCCCUCUUUCAAAGAAUUCCUAAAAUCACGUAAUAUUAGCAUGAAAAGACUGACACGCGAGGAAUUUUACCAAGACGACUUAAGGGCUGGCGCUUUCCAGUUUGUAGAAAUGUCUACAGAUUCUUUUCUGCCGUUACCAUAUCAAAUUCAGAUAAUUAAAAAAAAUUUCGGAAUUAUUUGCUGGCGUUACCCGCAACCAAGAAAAAUGUGCAAAAUCCAAGUGUUUCCAGUGCCGAUGGCGGUACAGAAGCCCAUCAAUAUCCGUUGUCAAAUGGAAUAUUUCAGCGAGUCGCAUGAAUGUUUUCUACACUUCAGCGAAUUCUGGCUCUCCGAGACGUCAUCCAAGGAUAUAGUGUUGCCCGAACGCGAAAUUUGCGCUAAUAUUUGGCGUGUUGUCAUUAUGCAAUCAUUGGUGGCUGUAAACGGCGAAUGCUUUGAAAUCAGCGAGGAGGAGGAGGAGGACAAAAUACCGAGCUUAAAAAUUGAGGAUAUUUUCAAGCUGGAAAGCAACGAUGAGGACUUUAUACUGCAUCCAAAAGUGCUUGUGGGCUGCAUGCGCAUCGACACCGCUUUCCAAUCCGAGUGUGUACCCAAACUCCAAAUGCUGCUCUCUUGUGCAUCGCUACAAAUGAAAUUCUUCAAUCAGGUCAAUUAUGAGUAUAAAUUGCCACCAGCACUUGCCGAAUACACACUCGCACCAGCCAAACAAAUCAGUCAGGCCUUUUUAAUUGUGCUGCUUGAAAAACUUAGCAUUCAUGCGGCAUUCAACAGUUCACACAUUUACAGCAUCGACAGCAGUUUGACCUUGAAUGUCAAAUGUUUGGAUUAUGGUUUUCUAAAUAUGCUGUCCGUGCUGGAGGAUGCCAAACUGCAAAGUUAUGUAACUGUAAAUAAGCUAAAACGUCAACUAAAUAUUAAUGCCGUACUUGAGCGUUUCCGCAUCAAUUUUGGACCAUCGAUACUGCACACGCUGCUCUCAUCGAAAGCACAUUGGGAGGAGCUCUUCAAAACGAGCGCGCCGAGUGACUGUCAUGUGCUAUUACCCAAAUGCAUUGUGGUGAAUCGCAUGCAAGCGCUCGUAUCUUUCGGCCAAACUGGCACAACCGAACGCGUACAACUUCAGCCGCUCGAGUGUAGUUUGUACAGCUUUGGCAACGAUGGCAACAGUCAGGAGCUGACUUUCUUCGUUGCCGACAACGAAACGCGUAUGACCGACGCCUCCCAGUCGGUGGCGAUACCCUUUAAAUUCGAUGGUGAACGCCUGUUGCAAAGCAUACGCAUUGGUGAUAAAUGUCUGAUAAUUGAAUUGCAAAAAUUGUCAGCCACACAAGUGGUUGUACUGUUGAAAGGCCAAAUUGAAUUGGUGUCUAUGGUGCCACAAGAGUUGCGCGUGGAGCUGCGCUUUGAUGAGUCUCAAGGCACAGAAGAAAAACGAGCGCUGGAGUAUUUGGUGAAAAGCGAGGGUUACUCAUCGUUUUAUGCUGCUGUGCAACGCACAUCAAAUGUGUUUAUGAGACUGAAAUUGGUGCUGCCCAAGAUUAAAGGUCGUACUGGUGACAUACCCUUAAAGCCGAACAAAAAAUUGCCUUGGUUAGUGAAAGUGCCCACGAUAAAUAACGAAUUCGUUAGCUUCUGGGUACGAGUAAUACGUGAAGAUAUGACUGAUCUUUGCAGCGAAUUAUUCGAACCGCAACGUAUACUCGUUACAAUUUGGCCCAUAUUUGAGUUGCAAUCACGGCUGCCGUGUCCGUUGACAGCCAAUGAGAGUACAACAGGGAAAUUGUUUGAAAUCGCACCACGCGGCGGCCGCAAUGUUCUAGAUGUACCGGCCACACAUUUGACUGAGCACAAAAUUGAGUUCAAUGCCAAGUAUCCUCUAAAUUGCGGAUGUGGCACAGAGCAGACUCUUUCGCUGAAAUCAAUGCAGUGGAACUCAUUUUUUUGGUAUGAUGAAAACGCCUGGGGCAUUGAUGACGCGCUACACAAACUGAAAGCAGACACAGUGCCACCAACGAAAUGGCCGAUCGAUGACGAAGAUGAAUUGCGUGUGGAACGGAUAUCACAUUGCACGGACGCUGUAGAUCUUGUCUAUCGCAUAAAACCUGCAAGAGAGUUUUCGUGCUCCACAUGUUUGGAAGUAACUGCCUCGGCAAUGUUCAUUAAUGCUACGGGCUUAGAUAUAGGCAUUUGUAUUGGUGAAUCCAAUGAACGAACGACUAUCAAAUCAAACUGCCUUGAAAUGUUAGGUUUCAUCGGCAAGUCGUUCACGAUAGGUUUGCCUUUAGAAAAUUCCGCUUCACCAUGGGUUUGCUCAAUGCCAGUUUUUGCAAAUGGCAUCAGCACAGGCGGCGCUCGCGGCUACAUUUUGCCCGACAAUGAUAGCGUAGAUAUAGCAAUUGUAUACGAGUCAGAGGUCUAUAAAUUUGUUUUGGAAAGCAAAAUAGAGCAUGAAAAACAAGUAUUUCGGCUACGUCCAAAAUAUGUGAUUGCCAAUUUUGCCAAUUGUAAACUGGAACUGUUGACAUUCGCAAUAGAUCAUAAAGAGAGUGCGCAGCUGCAAACGCUCGUGGAAUUUACGGCCCAUUCAAACAAAUUGGGGUUGAACAAAGUACAGUGGUCGGAUAAUUGCGUUGGUCAAACAAUUAACUCUUUUCACGAUUUAAGACCUAAUAAGAAGGCCAAACGUACAAAGGAUACAGCGUACAUAUGUUUCAUCAGUUUAAAACUCCCCGACCGCGAGGACUUCUCCAUACCCAUUCCGCUUAGUAUACCGUUUACAAGGCGUAGCUUUGCACUACAAAAUGGCGAGGAGUCUCUACCAUUAGUUGCUACACUCAUCGAAAAGGAUCGCAUUUAUUAUUUCAACGUUUUUGAAGACAAUAGCCCAGCAUUACUCGUCACAAACCAAACUGAUGUGUCCUUUAUUAUCGCACAAACAAGCGCAUCGGAAAACAGCAAAGUUUCCAACACUACCGCUGAGUACAAUGGGCGCCACUUUGAAUGGUAUCAGCCUGUGCCGGCAUACAGCAAGUGUUACUACACACCACCAGAGCUUUAUACCAACUUCCCAGAUGUUGAGUCCACGACGUGCAAUAUCACUUUAGCACUGUAUAAAGAUAAUCCCACAAAAAAAACAUUAAAAUGGUCAAAGCCUAUACGCACGGAUAGAACAUGGGAGAAAUUCCUGUACAUACCCAACCAUGGCGACGUCAAGGUUAUAGUCUGUGAUAAACAUCGGGUCACACGUAUUUUUGUGUAUUAUAUAGCGCAGCUGGAGUUUUCUGUAAAGGAUCUGCGUUCUCGCUUGCUGACGUCGAAGGCUAGCACUGACGCUGAAAGCCCGAACUCAUCGCUCCUAUCGAUCUCACCGAGCACUGCCAUUCAUGAGCCAAUAACUAUGAGCCGCAUACCCGCUAAGUGCCGACACUUUUCGAAUGAAUGUAAUACGAAAACCCAACUGAAGAUUCGUUGCUUUAUUAAAGAAUUGAUUGUUAGUUUGCACGCUGACGGGAAGACAAAUGACUGUACGAAAUCUGAAAUCGUAAGUCUGUAUGCCGAUGAUACGUUGAUCGCUUUCGAUGACGACGAUGAUGAUAGAGAAUUGCAUUUGUUGUUGCCAAAUUUACAAUUGGAUAAUCAAAACUACGUGUGCGGCCAAUAUGAUUUCCCUGUGGUGCUGUGCGCACAGCAAUUAUACGAACGGAAGCAGACGGUGCCGCCGGUGCACUUCCUAGAUCGCACAUAUCAGAUUCUACGUAAUCGUGGCCUAAUGGCGCAUUUCAAUAUUGGUUUCUUUGAGGAUGAAAUGAAACUGCACUCCAUUGUGUGUACAUUCAGUCCGAUGCGUAUUUACAUCGAGGACUCAUAUCUAAAUUGUUUGCUUGACGCAAUUGUGGACUGUACGCCCUCAAACUGUGCUUAUCGCUUGGAACAGUCUGCUUCACGUAUCACUCUGUCCAGUGGUGAAUAUCUAUUGCCGCGAGUUAUCGUUGGUCAAGCAAUGUGUAUUGCAGAGCCGCUACAGAUACGUGAAUUUCAAAUUGAGCCACUUAGUGUGUUGCUCUCUGUGCAUACUUCCAUACGUCUAUAUAUUGCGCUUGAUCAUUCACCGCUUUCAUUUUCCACCUACAACCGGCAACACAUACUAACAAUGCCGCUGCGUUUCGGACAGUCGCUGAGUAUGCAUUACCUAUCGGGUGCUAUUUUCGGCGCAGGUUGGGUUGUGGGCUCACUGGAAAUACUUGGCAGCCCUAGUGGCUUGGCGCGCUCGUUUACCACGGGCUUACGAGAUUUCGUUUCGAUGCCAGUCGAAGGACUCUUUCGUGGUCCAUGGGGUUUUAUCGUAGGCAUUACACAAGGUUCAGCAUCGCUUUUGCGUAACGUAACUGCUGGUACAUUGAAUUCAGUGUCGAAGUUGGCUGCUUCGGUUGCGCGAAAUCUCGAUCGUCUUACGCUGGAUCAGGAGCAUAUUGAGCGUACUGAAGCACUACGUCGCUGCCGGCCGCACGGUUUUACGGAGGGAUUAGCGCAGGGAGUGACCGGUUUGGGUAUAAGUAUUUUGGGUGCAGUUGGUGGUCUGGCGCGUCACACUCUGGAAGCACGUUCGCCCGUAGAAGUGAUGACUGGCGUUGGAAAGGGUCUGGUAGGCGCAGUCACAAAACCACUAAGUGGCGCCGCGGAACUGUUAGCACUUACCGGACAAGGUGUACUGCAUACUGUGGGUUUCAAUACUAUGCCGGAAUUGCGUGUUGCCAAUGUUUGCGUUAAUAUUAUAACUGAACCGUCAGCGUAUCGCGUUUGGAAAUUGUUACCUGGCACACUGAAAUCAGAUCAGAUCUUAUUUAAUCAUGAAGUGACAUUGGCAACGCACGAACAAUUACGACAGGGAUAUGCUCUUCUCACAUCUAGUGUUUUUGCUCUUAUGGAGUUGCAAAGUUACAGUUUAAUCUGUGUCAUCCCCAUUGACAAGCUGGAGAUGACAAGUGAUGCGUUGGAUAAAACGCUUUACUAUAUACACUUGGUGAAAGAUAAAGAAGGCACUGACGAGCAGGAGAACUAUACCAACCAACGUAUUAUCACUUAUAUACAUUCCUCAACUUCACUAAAGAAUGUUCCAACAACAGCAGCUGGUUCAUUAAGUGAUUUACUGCAAAGUCAUGAGCAUGAACUGCAAGUGAGCAGACGCAAGCAAACUGACUGGUCAUUCUAUAUUAAUGAAACGCUGGGCGAACAUAUUAUUAAGUAUUUAAGGGUAAUGAAUAGAAAUUGUUAAUGGAGUAUUGUUUUGAAAAUUAGACAUUAGUGAUGAGCACACACCAAAAUUCCUUUGCGAAAUUUAUAACAACGUUUUAUGACUAUUCAAAACAAGUUUGUAAAUAUAUACUUAUAUAUCUGUAUUUAAGGUUAGGAAAUCGAUUUCUACAAAUUAUAAGCUAUUUAAAGAAAGUUGUAAUAAAACUAUUUAAUUGCA